AUGCAAUUUGAAUGGUUCGACGCCGCUCGUCGCGGGGACGAAACCUUUUUGAAAGACAACAUCGACACCUUUGCACAGCAACAGGAUAAGCAAGGGCGUACUGCACUGGUUAUUAGUGUCCAACAUGGACAUAAUAGAUGCGUGGAUUUACUUAUAGCGAAGGAAGCAGGGAUCGAAACAGAAAAAGGAUGGACAGCAAUCAUGUACGCCAUUAAGUACGACAACAUGACGGCGUUCAAGCGUCUUUUGGCACUUGAAGGCGCCCAUUUAACCAAGAAGAAUAUACUGCCUUUGUAUGUAGCUGUGCAAUAUACGGCACAUGAGUACGUUAAGUUAUUACUGCCUCAGUAUGCCAAGGACAAGAAACAUCUCGCCGAGUUCUUUAGAUUUGCUGUCUCUACGGCUGACGGAGAUACGAUAAAACAGUUUCUACCACAUCUUACGACGAAGCAGAUCAAUCACGCCCUUCGUGCGAUGAUUCCGGAUGAUUUGGGAGUGCUUUAUGUCUAUAGUAAUCUACAGGAGGCAGAGAAAAACGAAAGAAGUGCAGCACGUGCCAGAGCUGAACUGAAAAGGGCUUCUUCUGUAUCGCGUAAGCGACCAUCUUCAGGAUAUGGAAUGGGUCAAUCUGGCCAGUUAGGCCACACCGUUUUUGGCUCAUCUCGCAAAUCAACUCAGGCAUCCAGGACACUAAGCAGACCGGGAUCUGCACUAGCUCAACAGCUCUCUACCCAACCUCAGCCAUUCUCAGGGCCAGCACAGAUUCCUCCCCCUGGGCGGCAACAUUACCAGAGUACACCUCCUACUCCGGAUUCUGCACAUUCUGUUAAUGCACGCCACCAUUCCACAUCUGCCAUUGGGUGUCCUACUUAUCAUCAGAACAAUCUUCAAGGGAAUCAUACAGCCUACCCAUCUGAGGCUGUUGGAGUCGAUGAAGAUGAUUGCGAGAUUAUAUUUUCUGCGCAGCAUGCACGAAUGCAGCGCUUACAACAGUAUGAACAGCCAAGUCCGUUGCCCAUUACAGGAGUUACAAGGCACACUUCAGCUGGAUCUAGGUUACCUCAGGAAACCCCCCUUAUGCAUGCAGCUCGGAUCGGCGACUUAGGCGUUGCAAUGAGGUCUAUGCAAUACGUGAGGAAUACCCAAAAGGAUGGUACAACUGCACUAAUGAUUGCGUGUGAUAGGGGCCACUAUGAAAUAGCAGCCCUUUUGUAUGACUAUGAGAAGCAGAUGCGCCGGAAGGACGGGCGGACGGCACUGAUGAUAUCGAUCGCAAAUGGAACCCCGGAACUCGUGCAACUGCUGAUGGAAAGUGAGGCGAGAUAUCAAACAGAGGAUGGAAAAACGGCCUUGAUGGUAGCUGCCAUGCACGGGCGCGAGGAUCUUGCUGCUCUUCUUGUCUCAAAAGAGGCACGGAUGACAGACAUACAGCGCACCACUGCACUCAUUUAUGCUACAACUUCUCGGCGAGAAGGGAUUGUCCGUCUUCUCGCCGGGAUGGAGGCCGGGAUGAAGACACGGAAUGGAUCUACAGCUCUUUGCUUUGCGGCUGUUCUCGGGUAUAGGGACAUAGCGGAGAUCCUGCUUCCUUAUGAGGAGGAUGUCACCGAAGAGCACGGUAGGACCCCCUUGAUGCUUGCGUGUCAGCAUGGAAACUCUGAUGUGAUUCAGCUUCUUAGCACAACAAGGAUGGUAGGAGCCACUGAUACUAGAGGCUGCACAGCCCUUAUGGAGUGUGCAAACGCUGGCUUUUAUCAGGGUGCAGGACUUCUACUUGCACAUGAGUGUAGAUACAGAAACAAGGAGGGCAUGACAGCCAUGAUGUAUGCAGCGGCCGCCGGGCACUUGGACAUAGUUGCAAUCCUGAGGGAUUACGAGGUAGGCAUUCAAUCCAAUGAAGGGUUUACUGCUUUGAUAUACGGCUUAACCAGCUCCGUACCUGCUGACACGAAACUUCAAAUCAUAGAGCUUUUGGGACUAGCUGAGUGGAACGUUAUAGUGCGCAAGGGAAGGCCCUCAAUGGAUUAUCUCCGAGACCAUUGUGAACCACUUGUCUAUCAAGCACUUCAAGACUUGGUGACAAACGCUGAGAUGGCAAGUGUGGUUGAUGUUGUUCAUAAGACAGAACCAGAAAACCUGCUCACAGCUUCUCCAGAGCCAGCUUAUCGAACAAUCAGAUCUCAUGGCUCUGGCCAUGCAUCCAUGGUUCCAGGUAACAUGUCUGUCAGAUCGUCUGACCGUGGCUCUCGGGCAACGCUGUCUCCCAACGCUCCUGAUGUUGAUAUACACUACAGUGUGGCUACAGAUGGCUCUGCCUUCCACAGGCCACAAGACUCUCCCGUCGAAUCCAUUUCUGUGCCCUCGCUUGCUUCUGACGUAGAACACCACAUCCAAGAAGAAUGUUUGUAUCUAGAAAGAAACAACGCUCCCGUUAACGAGCAAGCCUCGGUUUCAAUGUCCAUCGCAAGCGAUCUGUAA